AUGAGCUCUCGGAUGGCCGGAUCAGUCCUCCUCCGCCGCGCCGGCGCUGGCGCUAGCCGCCUCUUCUCCACCACCCCGAUGUCCCCAGGGGCCAGGACCUUCCUCGCCGGCGGCAAGGGCACGUGGGUGCGGAUGAUGUCCACUUCUUUGGUUUCGCUACCGCGGCCAUGGGAGACGUACACCAUGGACAUGUCGAUCGAUCUGACCAAGCACCACGUGCCCAACACGAUGCUCGACAAGAUAGCCUACUACACUGACAAGUCCCUGCACUUCCCCACCGACAUCUUCUUCCAGAGCAGGCCAGUUCCACGCCAACAAGAUGAACCUGGGCAUUUGACAAGAAAACGCUGA